GAUUGAGAGGGAAAGAGGAUCUGGAUUCGUUGAAGAACCAAACCAAUGGUUUUGGUUUAGGGUUUAACGAACUACACCGCCACCAUCACCAUCACCACUCUCUCUCUCUCUCUUCGCCAUGGCAGUGCCGUCGUUGAAUCGCGAUCUCAAAUCGAAACUCGACGCCGUAAACCCUUGCUGCGAGCAGUGGAGGAAGAAAUACUCCAAAGGGUUAGAGUCGCGGAAGGCUCUGCGUCAAGCUAUCAAGCUUCUUGAAGACAAAAUCAAUGAGCUUCAGACCCAGAACAAGAGAGUAUGUGUGGCAAACAAUGGAACAGGUGGGAGAUUAGAAGAACUUGAUGCUAAGGUGCCUUUGCAGAAUGAACCUUGUAGCUCCAAGUCUCAAAUCAAUACACCUAAGAUUGAGCAGGGAUGUGGCAGCGAAGCUCGGGGUGGUAGUGAGAAUGGUAAGGUGAUACAAGGUUUACAGGCUUGUGUAGCUGAGAGGGAUAAGGAAAUUUGUAGAUUGAAGGAGGAUUUGGAGGUUGAGAAGAGGAGGGCUGAUUCUGUGGGGGAGAGGGAAAAAGAAAUUUGUAGAUUGAAGGAGCUUUUGGAGAUUGAGAAAAGGAGGGCUGAUUCUGUGGGGGUGAGGGAAAAGGAAAUUUGUAGAUUGAAGGAGCUUUUGGAGAUUGAGAAGAGAAGGACUGACUCUAAGGGGGAGAAGGACAAGGAAAUUUGUAGGUUGAAGGAGCUUUUGGAGACUGAGAAGAGGAGGGCUGAUUCUGUGGGGGAGAGGGAAAAGGAAAUUUGUAGAUUGAAGGAGCUUUUGGAGAUUGAGAAGAGGAAGGCUGAUUCUGUGGGGGAAAGGGAAAAAGAAAUUUGUAGAUUGAAGGAGCUUUUGGAGACUGAGAAGAGGAGGGCUGAUUCUGAAGCUGAGAGAGAAAAUGAAAUUUGCAGAUUGAAGGAGCUUUUGGUGACUGAGAAGAGGAGGGCUGAUUCUGAGGGGAAUAGGGAAAAAGAAGUUUUUAGAUUUAAGGAGCUUUUAGAGACUGAGAAGAGGAGGGCUGAUUCUGAGGGGAAGAGAGCUGCUGAGGCCUGGAAGUUGGUAAAUGAAGAGAAGAAGAAGACUGCUGAAAAGGGGAUGCAGAUUGCCAUAAUUGAAGCGAAGGCUGAGGAGUACAAGGUUCAGAUUGGCCGAUUGGAGAAACAAGUUAAUGAAGUGAAAACUAAGUUUGCUUCUGAGAUUUCUACGUUGAAAGAUGCAGCCACAAGGUUUGAAGCUGAAAAGCGCAAGAUGUUAGCUGAAAAAAGAACAGCUGAGUCAGGGUUGGCGAUAGCUAACAAAAAGUUGGAGGUUGAGAAAAACAAGGCCGCUGAAGGAAAAAAGCGCGCAGAUGCAGAGAUUGUUAAACUGGAGGAGCAGAAGGCGCGUGCAGAAGAGAACUGGAACAAGUUCAUGGAAGAGAAAUGUCUUGCUGAUAAGAUGUCUCAGCAGUUGGAAGAGGAUAAGAAGAUAAUCGAGGAUUUGAAACAGAAGAUGCAUGAACUCUCGUCCCUUAGAAAGCCUGUUGAAAUGGCUGCCGACAUCGGUGUCAAAGCUGAAAAUACUGAAGUGAAGCUUUUGAAAAAGGCACUGAAGCUUGAAAAGCUAAGAGUAAAGCAUGCUAAGCAGAAAUGUAAGUUAGAAGAAAGUCGUUACAGCAUUUUAAGGCAUGAUUUGGGUCGUGUAAAGAUUGAUUUCGCUCGGCUUCUACAUCGCCUUGAUAUGCUGGAUGCAUCCGUUCCGCCUGUUGCUGGAAGUAUGCAUGACCAAACGAAGUCUGAACUAUACAUGCAGAAUUCAAAUGUCACAAGGACGACCUGCAAUCUAAAUCUGGAACCUUGCUGCACAACGAUAGGUGCAUGUGAUCCAUUGAGGAAAAACAUGCAGCAUAUUCCGCUUUUUGCCCUAUCCGGUGGAAAUUACUCUGAAUCACUUACAGGUAUUGAUUCUAAAUUGGAGCCUCUUGUUAGAGGAUCCAAUAAACCAAAGUUACCGAGUUCCGCAGUACUUUCAAGUACAGAAUCUUAUUCUGAUGCACAGUUGAUGGGCCCACAGGGAAUAACUGCAUUUCCAGUUACUGCAUCAACAAAAUUGACUCGGGAGAUCUUUAAUGCAAGACAAAGCAUGUGCGACCCAUCUGACAGACCUGUUGGAAUGCAAAAGAGGAAGAGGAAAAGAAUGUAUGAUACUGCUGAAUGUGAUGCAAAAUUGUCCUCUGAGAAUCUUUCUGAUUUGCAAGCAUUGUUUUGUAGAGAAGUUGACAAAUGCUUAGGAGGAAAGAAUGACAGGGCCCACAAAACAAGAAAGAAAUCUUGUGGGGAAAUAAUAGAUAUGAUACUUCAGAUUAACAGGGAAGAGAAAAAGGGCAGAGAAACUACUCAAGCAUGUGAGGAGAUGGUAUAUGAUGCUGCAAAUAAUUUUGAUUCUGUGGUUAGUUUUGAUCAAGUGGCUGAUGGAAGCUAUAUGAAGCUGUUAGAAUUAGAAAAUGCUGCCUAUGAGGAAUGCUAUAAAAGAGCAAUGGAUUUUCCCAUGUCUCCAUCUCUUCCUGAAAUUGAGUUUCAUGAAACAUUUGAUACGGAGAAUUUGGUGAAUCCCUUUUCAGAGGAAGCACUCCAAGAAAACAUGUUGAGUUCAAGAACAGACUUGAUUCCUUCACCCUACUUUGAUGUAAAUAAUCUUGAAAUCAAUUCUAAUGAACAAAACCUUGAUGUUUCUGGAGUUUCUUCAAAUUCACAGAAGACUUCACAGGCUACAAAACCUGAGGUUAUAAAAUUGCCACAUAUGCAUACUCCCGAAAAUUCAAGGACUGAGUUUUUGAGGCAUGAUGGAGUCAGAUCUUCACAAAUGCAACUUCCUAAAUUAUGUGUUUUUUCAAAUAUUGAGGACAGCAGCAUCAUAUCUAGGAUACUUAUUGCUACAAAAAAUUGUAUAGCUCGGUGCAAUUUGGCUACUCAAACAACCUGGGCAGUUAGUAACAUUCUGACUGCACUAAAAAUGGAAGAGAAGCUUUCACAAAAGGAGAAGGUUUCAGUGUUGUUAACACUCUUGCUGUUCAACCUUAUGGUGACUACAACAACAACAUUUGGGAAACUUUGGGAUGGGAAUUUAUUCCACUGCUUAAAUUCUUAUGGUGAACAUAUUCGCACAGCUAUGUCUGAUACAGAGACUAGAAUCAUGUUUCUAGAAAAUUAUUCUUUGCAUGAGCUGCUUGGCCUCAUUGAAGAAUUUCUAAUAGAAGGAAAAGUUAUACUGAGCGACGCUGCUGAGACUUCGUCAGAUUCUGAUUUGAGAAAGAAUGAUGUCAUGAAUGGUGUUAAUAAAAUAUCUUCAAAUGUAGCUUCAAGUGAGCAAUUAAUAGCAGGAAGUAUUAUAUUAGCAUCACUAUGUGCUGCAACUGAUCAUGUUGCAUUUACUUAUGAGGCUUCAUAUAAUAUACUUAGAUUGUGCACAUGGGAUCCGUUGAUGGUCCUGACUAUUCUUCAUAUUUUUGCGUAUCUGGGUGGAGAGAAGUUUUUUGACUUGGAUCAUUUUGGUUUAAUGGUGACUGUUUUGAAGUCUCUGGUUAAGUUUCUUGAGGGUGAGAUCUCAUCUGUUGUUACCACUGUCCGUCUUCCUUCAAUAAAUCAGCUGCAUCCUGAAUUUUGCACGAAAGUUAAAUGCCCCUUCUUGGAAGGUGCUGAGUCCAUUGAUGCAGUUGCAUGCUUGCUCUUAGAAGAGAUAAAAGACGGUUGGCUUCAAGGGAUAAAUCGAGUUGAAUUGGCAGAUUCUAGAUUAAUGUCAGACAGUUGUAAUGCCAGACAAUGGUCUAUUAGGGAGGUGGCUGAAUGUGCCAAUGACAAGAACAAUGAUGCGCCCUAUUGCUUGAAUAAGUGGUUGAUUUCUGCUUCUCAACCAGAUGCUGCUCUUAAGAACAUCAACUUUUGUCACCUUAGUGAUGUCCUGUCAUUGGUGGAACUGGUAGCAAACAAAAUGGGCUGGCACUGGACUGAUAUCAAAUUUGUCCCUCAGCUGCUGAAUAUGCUUGACUCAUGUGCAGAGGAGAAAAUUGCUAUUGCUAUCAUCGUUCUUCUCGGUCAACUUGGGAGGAUUGGAGUUGAUGUCAGUGGAUAUGAAGAUGGUGGAGUUCAGAACUUAAGAAGUAAUUUAUUCGCUUAUUUAUGCCGCAGUCCUUCCUCGAAAACAGGCACUUCUCUUCAAAUUGCCACUGCCACUACUCUGUUAGGCCUCCUUCCUCUUGAUCCAGAAACCCUUUCUCAAACUAACAUCAGUUUCGGUGCAUGUUCUAAAUCUGUUUCUGACAAUGCUGAAACUUUAAGGAAAUGGUUCUCCGAGCUGGGGAAAGAUCAACAAGUAUUGGUAUCUGGUGUUUUAAAAUGCAAUGAUGUAUAUAUCAAGUAAGUGCUUUCACAUUAUUUAACCUAGGAUUCCUGAGUUAAUGGUUCAUCGGCUGCGCUCUUAGAAAAAAGUUUGUAGAUCGACCAAAUUUUGGUAAUUAGAUGGAGUUGGUUCAAUCGGCAUGAGAGUCUUCAACUUAGCCUGCAUGCUGCUGUUGUGGUUCUGAAUUUUGUACAUAUUUAUUUUCUCCAUUUUGGUUGUAAACUUGUAAAUUACUUGUUAAACUGUCUGAUCUCUGAACAUUUAUAUGUUCGAAUUUGGAUGUGAUAUUCCCAAAACUAGUUGUUUA